GCUUGAAACCCCAGAACAACCCCCCAAAGUACAACAUAUCCACUGAUGACUAGGGUACAUCUGUAUCUGGGUUUCGAGCCUCAGUCAAUGAGACGGGCUGAUUAAUCGUCUAGCUUCAACCCUGAUUGUUGCAGGGCAGAUAAUCGCAGAAUAAUGAUUGGACAAUGCUCGAUUUCACCAUGGAAGGAGGUUCGGUUGCUUCAGAGCUUCAAUGGCAUACAACAACUUGCUGAAACUCGUCCUUUCAAGGCAUGGUUCUUAGAUCAAUUUGGAGUCCUCCAUGAUGGAAAACAACCUUAUCCUGGUGCAAUUUCAACAUUAGAAAAGCUUGCAACCAGCGGUGCCAAGAUGGUAAUUAUCAGUAACUCCUCAAGACGAGCAUCGACAACCAUGGAAAAAAUGAAGAGCCUUGGAUUUGAUCCCUCUCUCUUUAUAGGAGCCAUCACCAGUGGAGAAUUAACGUAUCAGCACCUUCAGAGGAGAGAUGAUGCUUGGUUUGCGACAUUAGGAAGGUCCUGCAUUCACAUGACCUGGAAUGACCGUGGUGCUAUAUCUCUUGAGGGCCUCGGGUUACAAGUCGUGGAUGAUGUUGAAGAAGCUGAGUUUGUUUUGGCCCAUGGCACGGAAGCUUUGGGACUUCCGUCUGGUGCUGCACUUCCCAUGGGGCUUGAGGAUCUUGAAAAAAUAUUGGAGCAAUGUGUAGCUAAAAAAAUCCCUAUGGUGGUAGCAAAUCCUGAUUUUGUGACUGUUGAGGCUAGAGCUUUGCGAGUCAUGCCUGGUACAUUGGCAGCGAAAUAUGAAAAACUUGGCGGUGAAGUAAAAUGGAUGGGCAAGCCUGACAAGAUAAUCUAUAAAUCGGCUAUGGCCAUGGUUGGCUUGGACGCUUCUGAUUGUAUUGCUGUGGGAGACUCUCUCCAUCAUGACAUAAAGGGUGCAAAUGCAGCUGGGAUCCGAUCAUCAUUUAUCACAUGUGGGAUCCAUGCAACUGAACUUGGUCUUGAUAAAUUUGGAGAAGUUGCAGAUCAAUCUUCUGUGCAUGCUCUUGCAUUAAAAUAUGAUGCUUAUCCAUCAUAUGUCUUACCUUCAUUUACAUGGUAAUAUCUAUAUGGAGGAGUUGCUUUGGAGGAUACUCCUCAUCCACAGCCUUGGUGUUGCUUAAUGGAGUUUUUGGAUGACCAUUGAUGUUACUUGGAAUACUAUGUUGUAGCUUCAUUUUGAUUCGACUCAUAUGUAUGGACAAUGUCCCUCUAUGACAUUUGUAUGUAUUUUUGAAAUAGGGAAAUGGCAUAGGAACACAUUGCCAUCUUUUGGAGUUCUUUUGUGAUUUCCACUCGCUUUAUUUUUCCUAAGACUUGUAUAAUGAUGUAAUGAGACCAAGUUGGUCAUCUCUUGAUGCAGGCAUGUUUAAUUUAUGCA